UUUUAAUAAUGCUAUGUUGACUUAGUACAGACAGGCUUCAAGCACACUUCAUUCACCUCUUACAACAGAAGUCUAGCUUAUUUUCAAAGAGUCAUCUUUUCUGUUUUAUUUUAACAUCACACAAAAAUAUGUUGAUGUUUUAUUAAAACAUCAGCUAAAAAAAUUGCAAGGCCUGUGCAGAGAUAGGAGAAAGGGUAAUAUAAUUAUCAGAUUAUAAAACACCAUUGCUAGCAUCAUAGUACGCAUAAAUCCUAGCAAUGCUAAAAAGAAUGAAAAGAAUGUCUGCCUGAUUACAUACUCUUCAAUAACUUUCUAACACUUCAUACAACAACUACACAGCAACCAUUUAUGUUACUUGUUCAAAAAUCACACAUUAGAAAGUUGAAACUUCCAUUUUCAAGGAUUUUUUUCCACUAGUAUCAAUCAGUAUAUGACUUACCUACAGCAACUUAUAUUAAGUCAAAUAGUGUGCAAUCUUCUACUUUCUGUAUGCCUGUGACAUUACAAACCAUGAAGAUGCAACUAAGCAACGCUGACGCUGCUACCAAAGGUUGUCACCAAGGCUGGAGGAGCCUUGAAGCCACUGUGAAUGCUACCAGCAUAAUGAAAACAUUAUUACAUAAAAGAGCUUUUUUUGACUAGGGUAUUUUAAUUCCUUUCUCUGUGUACCAGCACGCUGAACGUGUAGAAAAUUAUGCUGAUACAUGAAGGAAUAAUGCCAUAAGUAAAGCCACUAGGUGGCAUAAGCAUUUCACAGCUAAGCUGUUUCCAAUUACUCAAUACAUUUCUAAACUGGAACAGAGAUGCAGUAAUUCUACCUUUACUGCUCACAGACAAGGAAUAAGUGGUUUUAUGUGUGAUAAUCAAUCAGCUGCAGUGACAAGGAAAUAGUGGAAUUUGAGAUGAUGAAAGGUGUGAGGAAGAUGAGUAGCAGAGAACAGACCCUGGACUUUAGGAAGGAGAUUUUGGCAACGAGGAGGUGGGGUCUCAUUGGAGGCAGAUCUGAAAGGCAAACGUACUCAGAAAAGCUGGCAGCAGAGCUGUGAAGACAACCUCUUCAAAUCGUAAUGGAAGCACUUUCUCACACUGGAAAACAAGAAAAUCUAUCAAGAGAUUGGCUUGGCUAAAUAGGGACCUUAUAGCUGUACUCCAGUGUAAAAGGACAGUACUACAGGUAAAACCGAAGACAGGCUGCAAAGAAGGAACCUAGAAACGUUGCUCAGGCAUGUAGGCAUUGCCACGGGAGAAAAGCUCACCUAGAAUUGAAGGUAUCUGGGGCCAUCAAGGACAACAGCUUCUAACGCUGUGAAAGGAAACUGAGAAAGGUUCCAAGGACUGGAGAGCAGCAAGUGUUCCACCAACCCUCAAAGAUAUACCAAGAGGGCAAUCUAGGAGUAACAGAGCAGUGGGGUCUGAAGUAAAGAUAACGAUUUGUACUCCGUCUGAAGACUACCCACGAGCAGCAUACCCCUGACACCAGUACUCACACCAACAGCGGAAGGAACUUCGCCCACUCCCGCCCCGCCCCCGCGCGACGGAAGGCCAUUGCCUGCGGAAGGGGCGGGCCGGGCCGGCCGCAGUCGUGCCCGGAAAGAGGCGGUGCGCAGGCGCGGCGGCUGCACGUGUGCUGGUGGAGCCAUGGCGAAGGGGCAGCGGAAGCUGGAGCGUGGGCAGGUGAGGAAGGCGGUGAAGGCUCUCCUGGCUUUCGCGAGAAGCAAGGCUAAGGGAGACACGCUGCUCCUUAACGAGAACGAGAGUGUGCAUCUCCUGGUGACGGUCUGGAAGAUCCCACGCGUGGCGCAAGUAAUCAAAAUACCGCUGCCCCAUGGCAUUCGAGCAGAAACGGCUGAGGUGUGCCUGUUCACAAAGGACGAACCAGAUCUGUCAGCAGAACAGACAGAAAGUCUUUACAGGAAACUUCUAACCCAGAAUGGAAUCACGAGUGUUAGCCAGGUCAUCUCCUACAAAACUCUCAAAAAAGAGUAUAAACCUUUUGAAGCAAAGCGUCGCCUCCUGAACAGAUUUGAUCUCUUUCUGUCUGAUGACCGAAUCAGAAGGCUCUUGCCCUCGCAUCUAGGAAAACACUUCUAUGAAAAGAAAAAGGCACCUUUAUCUGUGAACUUGAAAGCAAAAAAUCUUGCUAAGGAGCUCCAAAAGCAUAUUCAGGGUACUGUACUACCGGUUACCAACAAAGGGUGCUGUUAUACAGCACGUAUAGGCCACACUGGAAUGAAAGUUGAUGAGAUACUGGACAAUGUCUUUGCAGCAGCUGAGGUGAUUGCUAAGAAGUUACCAAAGAAUUGGAAAAACGUGAAAGUUCUUCACCUGAAGACACUUAAAUCAGUAUCACUUCCAAUUUUUACUGCACGAAUCUCCAACUUAGAUGAGCUUGAUAAAGAGCCAAAUAUCAAUAAAAAGCAAGGAGAGAAGGAAAAGAAAAAGAAACCAAAGAAGGCAGCUAAAAAGGUGAAUUCAAGACAAAGUACAGUGACAACUAAAAAUAAGGCUGCUGCUGCUACCCAAGAGCUUGUGAUAAAGGAAAAAGUAGUCCAAGAACCAGAGGAACAUGCUGAUGAUGAAGAAAUUCCACAACUGGUGCCUAUGCAAAUAACCAGCCUAACUGAGCUAAAGAAAGAGGAACCAAGUCAAAGUCCAGAAAGAAGUGUCAAUCUGGUCAAUAAAACAAAAGCAACACUUGGUAAGAGAAAGAAACAAUUUCUUGCUCCAGAAACUUCAAAACAGAAAGUUAUAGAAGAGCAGGCAGACUUGCAGAUGUCACCAAAACAAAAAAAACCCAUGCAGCUCAGCGUGGCAAAGGAAGAAAUAAAAGAGUUGGAAAAGACUCCUAAAAAGCCUGAAGCAAAGUCUUUUGCUACACACAAAGCUGGCAAACUAGCACAGUCAUCCAAGAAAUCUUCCAAAACACCCAAGCAAACAGCCAAGAAAGUGUGUAGGCCUCAGUCAUCAUGAAUGUUGUCUAUCUACCGUAACAUUUUAUGUAGUUAUUCUAUGCUGUCUUUUCAUGAAUAUAAAAUAAUGCCUUUUUAAGUAAAACUGACCCUAGGAGCUUUUUCUCACUGGCUUUAUGAUUAAUUUGUGUUUCCUUCUAAUGGAAGAACAAAUAAACACAUUAUUUUAAUUAGCUGCAUUUGUUACCUUAUAUCUUUUCCAUCUUUAAAAAAAAAAAAAGAUGCAGCUGUAUCUUUCAAUUUAAAUCUUUUGGUUUCUAGAGCUUGUUGUGUUUGAGCAACGUUAUUUUUGAAGGAUGUCUAGCUGUAUGCGUAAGUUCAGCUGCAGAACAGCAUGAAGUUAUAUUUUUGUUGUUACUGCACAGCCACAGUUUACAUGAGCUUUUUCCUCCCACCUGACUUCCACGUUCUGUGUAUGUUUUAGAGUUAAUGCACAGGGAUUUCCUUGUUCAUUAAACUCUGCAUUCAUGUAGCAAUGUCAGUGCUUGUGAUUUUCAUUACUACAGUCUUACCUUUAAACUAUAAACAUGAAUUUCUUAAAUUACUAUGUCUUUAAACCUUCUGGCUUGUCUCUCUUUACUAUUUCCUACCAAUUUUUCAAUCUUUCUCAGUAAUUCCUAUAUACUGUUAAAGCGUUCUGUUCCACUUCGGUUUCCUCUAUGCUGUUCUUCACAUUUAAGACGACAAAACUACUGCUUUUCCCUAAGCCUCAUAUAACAAGGAUGUACUUGACUCGAAAGAUAAUCAGUUUUGUCUCCACUGUAUUUCUUUGCAUUGCUUAGAUUCACUUUUCAAAGCUUAAAAUUACUGAGGUUGUUUCUAAUAUAUUUGCACAUCAAGGGGAAUAGAGCUCUGGUCAAUUUUAAGUUUCUAGACACCACAGUAGUGAAGUAAUAGUAAACUGAUUUGUUUCAAUGUUUUCCACUUAAAAUAUGUUUUGAGCGUUAUCUAUAUGUCUAUAAAAUAUAUUGCAAGGGCAUUUGCAUUUAAUGUUUCUGUAACUACAUCAAUAUAUGGUAGACUUCAGUUCUUAGUCUUUUCAUUUCACCUUGUAGCUACUUGCUAGCUGUUAAAUGGAGUAGUAACUUAGCUUGUAUGAUGUUAGACUGAAAUUGAACCCCUGUUUAGGGAAAUACCAUGCAUUCUGGAUCAGACCACUAUCUGUUGGUUGGGACACAACACAGUGUUCUUUACCAUAUGUAUCAUUGUAUUUCCUUCCUUAAUCAACUGUUCUGUUAAGGAAACUUUUUUUCCAGGGAGAAUGACAAAAAUAACAAAUAUUUAUUCAUUGAAAGUUCUAGACUUCAGCAAUCAAUUGCACUAUUAAAAAUAUAUUAAAUUCUAAAGGCAGAGAGAGUACACUGUUUGUUCUUUGUAGUACAAAUUAUUGUAUACAUUUUUCACUUUCUAAAAAGAAAUUAAAGGUGGUGUAGUGGUAGCAAUGUA